UUUGUUAUAAAUUGAAUUAAUCAAGUCUUUAAACUAUUCACUUUUUAAAUAUUUUCUCCUUGGUACAAUGCAAUAAAUAACGCUUUAUUUUAAAAAAUUUGAAAAAAAUUUUUAUUCGCCGGAAGUAACAAUGUGAAAUGUAAAAUGUAAAAACAAACAAUUUUUCUGCUUUUGUCUGUUUAUUCUACAAAUUUUGUCAUUCAUUAAAACUUUUAAGUGAUGUAAAUGCAUAUUAUUUUUUCUAGUGGCUCGCUAUUUAUUGUUUUACGAUUUCUUCGGUAACCUAGUAACACGACAUUUUUAAAAUGUGUUAAAUACAUUAAAUUCAAUAUAUGUAUCUCUUAUGUAGAACAUGAGAUUAUCGGUUAUUGAGUUCAUGCUUUUUAAUUAUUUAACAGUACUUUAAUAAGAACAUUUUUCUGAAAUUUUCAUAUGUAUUAUGUUACGAAUAUAUUAUAAGUAUUAUCAUCUAACAUUAAUCUCAUUCAUGCGUUUGCUCUCACGAGAUACGUACAAUUGGUGUUACACAGUUUAUUUACAUUAUAUAUUAUUGUUAUUUUACAUAUAAUUGACUAUAACAAAGAUGAAGUAUUUUCUGUUUGCCCUGUCGAUUUUAUCGGUAGUACUUAGAUUGAGUUUUGGAAAUCUGCAGUUAAUGCACCAAUGGAAAUACAUUGAUUUUCUAUGGGAGAGUUCACAGCAGAAGCAACAAGCGAUAGAUUCCGGAAAAUAUGACCCCAAAGCAAUAUUUCUAUAUGAUGCAGACAUAGCACCAGAUGGUAGAGUAUUCGUUACUGUGGCAAGGGACCAGGGUGCACCAGUAAGUGUGAUGACAGUAACUGACAAACACGGAGAAGGUGGUCCAAUUUUGCGUCCAUAUCCGGAUUGGUCUUGGUAUAAAGAUGAUUGCAAUGGUAUUACAGGUGGUGUUUACCAAGUAGAAAUAAAAUGCAAUCAUCUUUUCGUAGUAGAUGGUGCCAAAAUCGGAUAUGAUAAAUCAUGCCCGGCCCAAUUAUUGAUAUUUAAUUUAUCAACAAAUAAAUUAGCUAAACGUGUUAUUAUCCCGGAUAACAUUGCUAAUAUAAAUAACACUGGAUUAUUGACAUCAAUGGCUAUUUAUGCUCCAAGUUGUCAAGGCAUUAUAAAUAAUGUGACUGUGUUCAUCAGUGACACAAAAGGUUUUGGUUUAGUAAUGUAUAACGCACGUUCUUCAAAAAUCUGCAGAAUCAAUUCUGAUUUUAUGAAACCAUCCGUUUCUGCUAUGAUUACAACAAAUUUAACUCUUGAAAUUGCUGUUGGCAUUUUUACUAUGACGCUUAUUCGUAAUGAGUUAUAUUAUUCUACUUUGCCGGGCAACAAAAUAUAUAAAUUAGACGUAUCAAAGUUAAUAAACAAAGAUGAUUGUUCACUAAGUAUUAGUGAAGCUAACAAGUUAACUCAACUUGUUGCAUCAUUAUCAGGCCAGACAGUAGCGAUAACAUCUGAAGACUGUACAAUAUUUUUUAGCAAUAUUCUCGAAACAUCUGUCUUAUGCGCAGACACUUCUAAGAAAAUUAACUUCGAUAAUAUGAUGGUUAUCGCUCAAGAUUCUGAAGUUUUACAAUUUCCAAGUGCGUUGAAAAAUAAACAGAAUAAACUCUUAAUCGUAUCGAAUAAAUAUGAACGUCAACUUACUGAUACAUUAAAUAUAAAUGAAAUAAACUUUCGUGUAUUCUCGAUUGAUAUGCAACAUUUACGAAAACGGACAAAUUGCUUUUCAUCUUGCAGCUACAAGGGGAGUAGCUAAUUGAUAAUUUCCUAACUUAAUCAGAUUAACUACAUAAUUUUUAUGCAGUUAAACUAAAUUUGUUUAUUUUAAGGUGUUGGAAUUACAUUAUUCACAUAUACAUAUGUAUAUAAUGUUAUUUUUCAAGUAUAUAAUAAAUUAUCUCAAAGUUUUUACUGUCAACAUAAAUUUAUAAUAAAGAUUCACAAUAAAAGUUUUAAAAAAGGUAUCAAGAGUUUAUGUACUCCUGAAUAAUAAAGAAACUGUUCACAGCAAAA